UCUACUUCCUCCAAAGAAAAAUAAAAAAAUAAUAAAAAGAGAUGAAGUUCUUGGUUUCAUUGGUUAUGUGCUCUCUUCUCUUGAACGGUUUCGCUUCUGCUCAAACUCUCAUUCAAGAUUCUUGCAAGAAAGCAGCUGCAAAAGACCGGCAAAUGAAAUAUGAUUUCUGCGUCAAUUCUCUUACACAAGAUCCACAAAGCAAAACCGCGACCACCCUCGAAGGUUUGGUCCUAGCAUCGACAAAGAAUGCUGCGGUGAAAACAAUGAAUGUUAAAGGAAUCGUUGAACAGAUCAUCAAGGGCAAGGGAUAUGAAGGUAUUGAAGCAGAGCUACGCGAUUGCGCUGAGUUUUAUGACGACGCUAAUGAUAAUUUAAACACUGCUUUAGCAAGUGUUAAAUCGCAUGAUUAUGAAACCGCCAACGUGGAUUUUAGUGCUGCUUUGGAUGUACCAGUCAAUUGCGAGGAUGGUAUCAAGGAAAGAAAGAAACAGAAGUCUCCCGUUACUAACGAGAACAAUAUUUUGUUUCAGAAAAUUUUGAUUCCUUUGGCUUUUACUACAAUGCUGUGAUGAAUUUGUCAAAGUGUCUCACUAAUAAAACAUCGACUAAUGUUUACCAUGUAAACUUGAUAGCAAAAAGACUUAAUCUUCAUUUAAAUAAAAUUUCGCUUUACAUGU